AUGUCAUGCUCUGUUCCUCCUUGUCUCCCUCCUCCACUAGAGAACACAAAAUUCUCUAGUUGUCUUAGUCUCGGACCGAAUCCCCAAAAAACCAACGAAAUCUUCAACAAGAUUUUCAUAGAAAACUACUCGAAAGUAGCUUUGGAAGAAUUCCAAUCAGAUCCAGAGCUAAGAGUGAAUGUUAUCAAAAACAUCAUCGCAUCUUUCAAUUGUCAAUUCCAUCAUGAGAUCAUUAAGGAGGAUUUAGGUUUCGCGCUACGGAUGAUAGGUGAAUAUUCAUCAUCUACAGAUAUCGAAGAUGGAUUAUCAGUUAUCAAACGGAGCAUUGGAGAAUUACCUUUCCCUAAUAAUCACAAUCAAAAUGUUCAAACAUAUCAUUGGUUUGAAGAGGGUCGUCGUAGACUAAUCAUCGAAGGAGAUUUGAAAUUUCAAUCUCAAAUAGCUAUAACACUAACCAAACUUAUCGAUAAACUAAAUGUCUUUCUAUCUAAGAGUUCUCCAGCAAGAAUCAGACAAGAACGAACAGAAGCUGUUAGGUUAAUUGUGUCCAUGCAGUUGCUACCUAAACCCGUGAAUUUGGGAUCUUCGACGAUUGUUUUUUACAGUGGAGAAAUCAGAAGAUGCAUGAGUUCUAUAUGCCAUCAAGAUAAAGAGCUUAAACAGGUUUGUGAAAAAGCAAAUGGUGAAAAUUUGGUUAACUUGCUUUCCAAGAAAUUGCAAGAUGAUCAUCAAAGAGAUUUGAGUGACCAAGCGUUGUAUCAAUUGGAAGCAAUCUUUUUCGGAUCCAAAAAUGUUAGUGAAACAUAG